AUGUCGAACAACUCGUCAACAGUCAGUUCGGUCAGCUUUGAGACGGUGCUAAAAAUGCACGCGCACCCGGAGCGAAACGCAGACAUGGAGAAGAAAAUAAACACGCUCGGACAGAUUGUGAAGGGCGUUAAUGGUAGGGAAAUUGGAAGUACGCUGUAAAACAGGGCUGAGCAAUUGACCUGCACUUUUGAGCUAUAGUGCUUGGUGCCCGCAUUUGGCCGAAGAAUCCGGGAUUUCUGCCAAUGAUCCACAUAUCUCGGGAAUAGAUGAUCCGAUCGGUCUGAAACUCGGAUCCAAUAUUAUUCAAUCCAUAUCGAAGAAGCCUGCAGAGUUUUGGUUUCUGUUUGAAAUUGUUUUCCUGCAGAGCCGUGCCUUGUGCUGCUGAACAGCGACACGAUAUGCCGUCACGUGACGGUCUUCCUCCGAUCGAUGGAACUCCAGACGAGCAUUCUGACGAGUGAAAUGUUCGACGGAAAGGAGCGAAUAAUCGCCGACGAAGAGAGGUGCCAGUUUCUGAAAGCGAAAGGGGCGCACGCGAUGAUGUGCAGUCUCGACGCCUUCGCCAACGCCAAAAUGCCAUUGUGCCAAAAUGUUAGAAAAAAAUUGCAGAAAUUCCCUAUAAGCUUCUUUUUCAGUACAUUUUCUUCGAAAUGCCAUCAAAACUGUCCCGCUUCCCGAAGAUCCUCAGAGAAUUGGAGCCGAUGGCUCACGCGGAGCAUCGCAUGGUCCGAAUCGACGUGAUUGUGAGCGAAUCGGAGCCGCAGCCGCAGUUGAAGGCGCUUUUCAUGGAGAUGGACUGCCGCGGAAACGUGCCGCCCGUUUGGUUGGGCGAGAAAGUCGGGUGGGUUUUGAUUAUUUUUAAAGGGGACAUUCGGGCAGAAAAUGAAGACAGUUAAAGGCGCAUAGCAUGCAAUUUAUUGCUAUGCGCCUCUCUUCUACCACGCAAUCGGCUUUCCCUCGCCCUCAGAUUUUUUCUGCUUCAAGCACACUAUUUUUGGUACCGACGGGAUCCCAAUCCGUUUGGAUACUUAUUCAACAGUUCUGAAAUUUGCAAUGAAUACUGGAAUAAUUCGAACAAUUUUCGUUUUGAUAAAUUCUAUUUUUGCAGCUUGAUCUCGAAGAAGUGCGCAAAAAAGCCGUCGCCGGAUGAUCAGACGCCCGUCCGUACUUCCGUUCCGCCGCCGAUGCUCCAUUCGUUCCCGACUCCGUCGUCGGAUUCGUCGGAUUCUCCGCCCACGAAGGCGCCGUGCUCAUCUCUGGUGGAGAAAGAGAAGAAGAAGAGAUUCCUGUGGGAGAAUCCGAGAAUCGAGAUGAAUUCGGAAGGGAAGUACGUGAUUCCGGUGCCGAGAGAAAACAGCGAGAGCGACUGCGAAAUCAACGGAUAUGUGGCCGACAACGAUAACGAUUGUACCGACGGGGAAUUCGAAUACGAUAUGAUGGAGGUCGACGACGCUUACGAAUAUUACUAG